GUGUGAAGCUAGAAAGUAGCGUGAGCCAAGUUAAGCUUUCACUACAUACCGAUACAGCAAAGCUUACCACCUUUGGCUCGUACCCUGGAGCUAUAGUCUUCUUCUCUUUCUUUCACCAAUUCCUCUCACACUCCAUCACUCUUCCAGAAUAUCUCUUAUCAAAUGGAAAUCAAAGGUUACACACAAGAUGGAACUGUCGAUCUUCGUGGCCGCCCUGUCCUUGCCUCCAAGACUGGAAAAUGGAAAGCUUGUGCUUUCCUUGUUGGAUAUGAAGCAUUUGAAAGGAUGGCUUUCUAUGGAAUAGCUUCAAACUUGGUGAACUACUUGACCACUCAACUUCAUGAAGAUACAGUUUCAUCUGUCAGAAAUGUGAAUAACUGGUCAGGAUCGGUUUGGCUUACACCAAUUCUUGGAGCAUACAUAGCUGAUACUUACCUUGGUCGAUUCUGGACUUUCACUGUUUCAUCUCUCAUCUAUGUCAUGGGAAUGGUAUUGCUCACAACAGCAGUUUCACUCAAAUCUUUGAAGCCAUCUUGCACAAAUGGAGUCUGCAACAAGGCCUCUACUUUACAAAUUGCAUUUUUCUACUCAUCUCUAUAUAUCAUAGCACUAGGAGCAGGGGGAACAAAACCUAACAUAUCAACCUUUGGAGCAGACCAGUUUGAUGAUUUUAACCCCCACGAGAAAGAGCUCAAAGUCUCAUUCUUCAAUUGGUGGAUGUUCAGCUCUUUCUUGGGUGCCUUGUUUGCUACUCUUGGCCUUGUCUACAUUCAAGAAAACUUGGGAUGGGGACUAGGAUAUGGAAUCCCAACAGUUGGUCUUCUCUUCUCUCUAUUUGUAUUUUAUAUUGGGACCCCAAUUUACAGGCACAAAGUAAGGAAGACUGAAAGCCCUGCCGGGGACCUGAUUGAAGUCCCCGUUACUGCCUUCAAGAAUCGGAAACUUCAGCUCCCUAAUAACCCAUCUCAGCUUCAUGAACAUGAGCCACAGCAUUACAUCAACAGUGGAAAGAGGCAGGUCCAUUACACUCCAAUUUUCAGAUUCUUGGACAAGGCUGCAAUUAAAGAUGGCAACUCAGGUAGGCCACCCUGCACGGUAACACAAGUGGAAGGAACCAAGCUUGUUCUAGGGAUGCUUUUAAUUUGGCUAGUGACCUUAAUUCCUAGCACCAUUUGGGCUCAAAUAAACACAUUGUUUGUGAAACAAGGUACCACCUUGGAUAGAAGCUUAGGUUCCAGCUUUCAAAUCCCGGCAGCUUCACUAGGGAGUUUUGUCACCCUCUCCAUGCUCCUCUCUGUUCCAAUGUACGAUCGUUACUUCGUCCCAUUCAUGCGUAGAAAAACUGGAAAUCCUAGGGGAAUUACCCUCCUUCAAAGGCUUGGAAUUGGAUUUUGCAUCCAAGUCAUCGCUAUAGCUAUCGCGUAUGCUGUGGAGGUACGGAGAAUGCAUGUCGUAAGAGUACAUCAAAUCGUAGGGCCUAAAGAAAUUGUUCCCAUGAACAUAUUCUGGUUGCUGCCUCAGUAUGUUUUGUUGGGGAUAGCUGAUGUGUUUAAUGCUAUUGGGCUACUAGAAUUCUUCUAUGAUCAGUCACCGGAAGACAUGCAAAGCCUAGGGACAACAUUCUUCACCAGUGGAAUUGGUGUUGGAAACUUCCUCAAUAGUUUUUUAGUAACAAUGGUGGAUAAAAUUACAGGUAGAGGUAACAACAAGAGUUGGAUUGGAGACAACUUGAAUGACUCUCAUUUGGAUUACUACUAUGGAUUCCUUUUGGUCAUAUCAACCCUUAACUUGGGGGUUUUUCUGUGGGCAUCAAGCAAAUAUAUCUACAAAAGGGAAACCAAGGAAGUGAACGAGGGUUGCAUUGAAAUGGAGAGCAAAGCCUUGGAGAUAUCCCCACUAGGAUUACAAGUGUGAAAAAAAAAAUUAAAAAUUGUAAGUGGUAGAAAAAGUAUUAUGAUCAUGAUAUUCCCUUUGUAGAAUAUGUGCAGCAAUUAAUGUCUUCAAUUUCUGUUUUAGUGAGGAAAGUGUAAUUUCCAACUAAUUAGAACUUAGGAGGACUUUUGCUUAAAUAAAUUCCCAUAAUUUUGGUUCCAAGGACCGAAGAUUCAAUAAAACAAUCAUUUUAAAGAACAUUCAUGCUCACCAUUCAUAUGUAACAUACAUAUAUAUAUAUAUAGAUAUAUAUCUGCAUGUCCAAUUCUAACAAUGCAAUUGUCUGGUCAGAUUUAGUAACUAAAAUUUCUUAAACAAGUUGCUAAAACAACAUGGAUGCAUGGAGGCAGGGGAGGCCAAACAUAUAUUUGAGUUCCUUGUACGCCUCCUACCGACCUUUUUUUUGUGCCACAAAGUGCAGUUAGAGGGUUCAUAAAUCAUAGAAUUGGACGUAUGAUCAGAAUGUCAAAUUCAUGCUGAAU